UUCCGUCACGUGCGCAUGACAGUCCAAUCGGCACCAAUCUUGGCCAUUCCGGGUGCUGCGAGUAAGAUGGCGGCCGCGCCGACUUUGUCUCAGUGCGUAAGCGGGCCCGAAGUGAUCCGUGGGCAGGUGUUCGAUACCGGACCUCGGUACACCAACCUCAGCUAUAUCGGCGAGGGAGCCUAUGGCAUGGUUUGCUCAGCCCAUGACAACGUGAAUAAAGUUCGUGUGGCCAUCAAAAAGAUCAGCCCUUUCGAACACCAGACAUACUGCCAGCGGACCUUGCGUGAGAUUAAAAUUCUGCUGCGCUUCAAACAUGAGAAUAUUAUUGGCAUCAAUGACAUCAUCCGAGCCCCCGCCAUUGACCAAAUGAAAGAUGUGUACAUUGUACAGGAUCUGAUGGAAACCGACCUCUAUAAACUGCUGAAGACUCAGAACCUUAGCAAUGAUCACAUCUGUUACUUCCUGUAUCAGAUUCUCCGCGGGUUAAAGUACAUCCACUCUGCCAAUGUCCUUCAUCGGGAUCUCAAACCAUCCAACCUCUUGCUCAAUACUACCUGUGACCUGAAGAUCUGCGACUUUGGACUGGCUCGUGUUGCUGAUCCAGACCAUGAUCACACUGGGUUCCUGACAGAGUAUGUUGCUACCCGUUGGUACCGGGCACCUGAGAUUAUGCUCAACUCCAAGGGUUAUACCAAGUCAAUUGAUAUCUGGUCAGUCGGCUGUAUCCUGGCUGAGAUGCUCUCCUGUAGACCUACUUUCCCAGGCAAGCACUAUUUGGACCAGCUCAAUCAUAUCCUUGGUAUUCUUGGCUCUCCUUCUCCAGAGGACCUGAACUGUAUAAUUAAUGUCAAAGCCAGAAACUACCUGCAAUCUCUGCCACACAAGAACAAAGUUCCCUGGAACAGGCUGUUCCCCAAAGCUGAUGUAAAAGCUCUGGAUUUAUUGGAUAAAAUGUUGACCUUCAACCCACAUAAGAGGAUUGAAGUGGAGGCAGCUCUUGCUCACCCUUACCUUGAACAAUACUAUGACCCCAGUGAUGAGCCUAUUGCAGAAGCACCCUUUAAGUUUGACAUGGAGUUGGAUGACCUACCCAAGGAGAAGCUCAAGGAGCUGAUUUUUGAAGAGACGGCCAGAUUUCAACCACAUUAUCAGCAUUCCUAAACUACAAGCACCCUUGCAUACAGGGGCCAGGACUGCAGGACUGGACAUGCUCAGAAUUCGUUUGUUUCUAACUCCUCCUGAAUCCUGUCUCGUGCAUCUCAGCUUAUUCAUUGUACUCUUUUAAAAAAACUCUGCCGUGGCACCUGUAACCAUGGAGAUUGUCCAUACUGGAAGCCUUGGCAUUUUUUGCUUGCUGUGGACUCAGAGAUGAGAAUUCACACUUGGUUGUAUUGGUAUUGGCAAAAAAAAUGGAAAGUUGUACAGCCAGUGUGCACACACACAUUUAUUGAUCUAUAUCCUAUGUAACUUAGCAAUGGUGUUUGAAAGAAAGCAGGACUAACUUAGUGAAUAAAUAGACAUAACAUACAACAGACACAUUUUGAGCACUUCAGUUUAGUUUUUUAAUGCACUUUGAGAUGUAUCGAAACGUAACUGAUCAUUCAGUAUUACGGUUGCUGUGUCUGGUCACAUCAGAUGUUUCAAAUCUUUGAUUAAAUUGUGGGGGAUUUCUAAACCUUGCAUGCUCCUGUGAGAUCCCCCAAGCAUAGAGAGAGAUUUAGAUAUUCAGUGUGAGAUGUGACUAACCUGCAUUCUUUUAAACCAGUGUUGCUCUGUUGAAUGGUUGUAUAGAUUGUGUACUCUUACUCAAGCCUGUCAAGGUGGCUCCCUCACUGUCUUUUAUUAAUUUAAAAGUAAAUUACUGGCAUAUAUCCCUGAAAUAUUAUGCAAUGCUGAUAUCAACAACACUAUUGUGUUUUACUCUAGUUUUCCUUUGAACAACAUUCCAUUCAAUAUAUUAAAAAAAACAAUCUAUUCCAUUUCAGAAACUUGCAUUGGGUAACACAGAUCCAAGGUAAAAAAUCCUGGUCUGUGGAAAAAAAACUCUGCCUUGCAUCCUCUGAAGAUUUUCUGUACUGGCUAAAUCGGAGGAAGUGCAAAUGGAUGCUUUGGUUUGAAAAAUGAUUGAGCAGUUUUAAAGGAAGCUUAGGUGAGUGGGUCUCCUUGAGAGCAGCUUGGAAUUCUAAGACCCUGUGUGCUUAUGGCAUUGAGAAGGAAGGGUGCCAUAAAAGAUUCCUGUCCCUUUUCUGUGUUCGCAGAGUGUUUGUGGAUGAAGCCUGUACAACGUGGAGCUUUCUUAGCUAUAUUUGAAUUUAAAGUGCAGUGCCUGAUCCUUAGUCUCGAAACCUAUUGUGGUGACAAUUGCCUUGUACAAUUUACUGUGUCCAAGCAUGACUGUUAAGCUUUGUAUACAAAGACUGUCCAAGUGCCACACACAAAAACACACUCACACGCACAUACACACAUACAUGCGCACACGUACGUAUCAGACACAUACAGAUCCAGAGUAGGAGUAAAUCUUACUGCUUCAAGCUUCGUCCUAUAGACCUCAUUGGUUUCCUCUCUGGUUUUGCUUCCUGUAUAAAUCAUGCUUUAUUCCUUUUUUUAAAAAAAAAGCCGCCUUUUGCAGACUCUGUGAUGUAACUGUAUAGAGCGCACUAUCAUGUAACUCGUUCAGUUGGCUUUUUGUUCUAGUUGGUCUGCUGCCUUUAUAAAUUGUGUACCCUCCAGAGAAAUCUAAACAUGUAUAAUAAAUGGAAAAGCGGUUAUGGUUAAAUUUUAAUGGAAAAACCUGCAACAAUAGGUGUCAAAAUGUGAUGUCACCGCAUAGACAUACCUGAUUGUAUUGUGACUGGUAUUGGAUUUAAGCAUAUUAUAUAUAUGGACAAACUUGUAGGUACAAAGAUUUAUUUUGCCUUAAGUUUAUUUCAAUGUUAUAUGUAAACAAAUUUUAAUCCUUUAAUGAAUGUUCUUUUUGUUCCCGGCACAUACAGCUCUUGUAAAAUUAUUUAAAUCAGUGUCUCCCUGCAUCUUUUAAAUACAGUAUGUUCUAUACACAACUUCUAACAGCGUGCAUGACUAAUCUCUUCAUUUCUGUGCCUUAUGUUCUAUAUAUUCAUCAGAUCUAUUGCCUUCUGUUGCCUUUUUCACUUAACUGGAAGUGAACAAUUAGUGGAGUGAAAGAUAGCUGCCAAGUAUUUGCUCUGAUUGAUUUCAAGGAAUCAGGGUAAUGACCAUGAGCUGAUGUAGGCUGUUGGCCCACCCAGAAGUUGCCAGAAUUUCCAUUAUAUGAUUGCAGACUCCUAACCUUCGAAGUGUGUACCAUGUGCUUGAGCAUUGAUGGAAAGAGUCAAAUGUGAUCCAAACAAUUUAUGUGGAGCAUGCUUUAAAUGGUAGUUGAGGGAGAGUUUGACAUUUAAAGACUUUUCUGUCAACUGGAGGGCUCUUCUUUGCAAAGCCAAUGUAUUUUUUUUUUGUUUUGAAUAUUAGACAACAGCAGGUCCAUUUAUGUGUAUGCCAUUGUUUAUAAAACCUAUUGCCAAGUCAUGUGUUUUAGAAAACGUCAUGCAAUUAUGCACUUUGGCGUGGCCCAUCUGCAACUGAAUCAGGGGAAGACGAGGGUAGAUGGAUUGGAAUGGGAGUGUAAGCUGUGCUCUCCUCCCAUAACCCCCAGGCAAUCUCUAGAACAGAUUGGAAAAUAAGACAUUAUUAGUUCCAUCUGAACUCUGAACCAAAGGCAAAAUUCUUUAUUAAAUGAGUGAAAUGCAGGAUGAUAUAUGCAAUCAUAUUUCAUUGUGUAAAGUAUUGUUUUGCAUUGCCACCCAGUUAAUUUUAUUGUUGCAGCUUUUCAUUAAAGUGUGCUUUCAUCAGUCCAAGCCAUAGUUUUAUUUGCAGGGAUGAACAAUAUGCGACUUGGGGAAUUCUGACUGCAAUUAUUAAAUUCAAACUUUACACAUGGCUGACCUAUUGUCAGGUUUGCCUCGAGCAAAGUCACAGUCUCCCGCCCAAUUGAGGCUCUAGGACAGGCCCCAUUAAAAGGCCCUGCUAUGAUAGCAAACACAGCCCAUGUACAGCUCUGGCUCAUUGAAAGCAUAACCAAAUCUGCCAACUAAAGCAAUAUUUUUAAAACUCUGACAUAGGGACAUUUAUGAAUAACUUCCACAGUCAUGUUUUGACCCUGGUGUGAUGCAGUUUAACAGAUCUGCACUGCACAGUUGCUUUAUAGUUUUGCCUAAUUUCUCGUUUGUGGACCCUGUGUUUGACCACUCGCUUGCCUGACCUGUUUUUACCUUGACUGCUUUCUUCAAGUGAGCUCUGGCGCUGUCAAGAAGUUGAACAAGGGGCAAAAUGCAAAGACACCAGAACUGUUGGAAAUAUGGAAAUCGAGCAAAAUGUUGGAAAUUCUCAGGUCAGGCAGUUGGCGGGAUGGGUGGUGGUGGUAAAAUCAAAUGAACUUUGACCUUGCAUUAGUAAUGGUUGGUUCACCCUUGUAGGUUGAGUAGAGGUCUUCUAGAAAGUUGUUUUCCCUAUCUGGGUUGGAUUUUGUUUAAAUUGUAGAGCAGUCCCACAUCACAAGCACCAGUUACAAUUUGGAAGAGGUGCAAGUGAAUUUCAGUUUCAUCUACUCUGAGCCUUUAGACGGUGGGCAGUUAUUGCCGCUCUGGUUGCUCAGGAAGGUUCCAUGGGAAGGGUAGUGGAUGUUGGUGUGAUGGAAGGGUGAACCAGUUAGGUGCAGAGAGAGUAAGACUUUUAAUUGCUGGGAGGGAAGCAUGCUAAACACUAGCUAAUUAUGGCAAAUAAUUGUAGAUAAACAGAAAAUUAUCGACAUUAAACAAAGAUAUUGUGAAAGGUAUUGGUAAAUAAUCAUCUUGCCAUUAUGAAGUCUUGUUGAGAACAGUUGAUUAUGUGGAUGUUUAACAUGAUUCCUGAUAUAUUAAGAGGCUAAAAAUGUGGCAGCUUUCAAUUUCCGUGGUGAUGGAUCUGUAUGACUACUGCUUUGGUAAUUGUUCCUCAUAAGAUUUUAGCAUAAAUUGGUCCAUGUGGACACCAGGUAAGGAACCUACUCAUUAAUUCUGUACACUGCACAAGAUUAAACAAAAUUGCAUAGUG